GGUCACUUCAGUCCCCACGUCGCCUGCAGCGCUGGCGGGAGGGCCCAGCCACCUUCCCGGUGUCCGAGGCGGGAGGCUUCCCCUUCGGCGUCCGAGACGUGUCCAGAUGGGCUCCCGCCGCCUCCGCAGCGCCAUGAAGACCUUUGACGCCAAUGACUUGUACCAGGGGCAGAACUUCAGCAAGGUCCUCAGUUCCCUGGUGACGCUCAACAAGGUCACGGCAGACAUCGGGCUGGGCAGUGACUCCGUGUGCGCCCGGCCCGCCUCACACCGCAUCAAGUCCUUCGACUCCCUGGGUUCCCAGCCCGCACACAGUCGGACUUCAAAGCCGUUCCAGGGCCAGUACCGCAGCCUGGACAUGACGGACAGCAGCAGCAGCCAGCUCAUCGUGAGGGCCAAGUUCAGCUUCCAGCAGACCAACGAGGACGAGCUGUCCUUCUCCAAGGGGGACGUGAUCCACGUGACCCGCGUGGAGGAGGGCGGCUGGUGGGAGGGCACGCUCGGCGGCAGGACCGGCUGGUUUCCCAGCAACUAUGUGCGCGAGGUCAAGCCCAGCGAAAAGCCAGUGUCGCCCAAGUCGGGGGCCUUGAAGAGCCCUCCCAAGGGGUUUGACACGAGCGCCAUUAACAAGAGCUACUACAACGUGGUGCUUCAGAACAUUCUGGAAACUGAGAGCGAGUACUGCAAGGAGCUGCAGACCCUGCUCUCCGCCUACCUGCGGCCCCUGCAGACUGGCGAGAGCUCCUCCCACAGCAGGCUGAGCCCCGCUGACGCCUCCUGCCUGGCGGGGAACCUGGAGGAAGUCAGCGCUUUCCAGCAGCUGCUGGUGCAGGCCCUGGAGGAGUGCGCCAAGCUGCCGGAAGCCCAGCAGCGCGUGGGAGGCUGCUUUCUCAACAUGAUGCCGCAGAUGAAGACCCUGUACGUCGCCUACUGUGCCAACCACCCGUCGGCCGUCAGCGUGCUCACGGAGCACAGUGAGGAGCUGGGUGAGUUCAUGGAGGGCAGAGGCGCCGGCAGCCCUGGGGUCCUGGUGCUGACCACUGGGCUCAGCAAGCCCUUCCUGCGCCUUGACAAGUACCCUGCGCUGCUCAAGGAGCUGGAGCGUCACAUGGAGGACUACCAUCCCGACAGGCAGGACAUCCAGAAGGCCAUGGCCGCCUUCAAGACGCUGUCGGCGCAGUGCCAGGAGGUCCGCAAGAGGAAGGAGCUGGAGCUGCAGAUCCUCACGGAGGCCAUCCGCAGCUGGGAGGGCGAUGACAUCAAGAGCCUGGGUGCCGUCAUCCACAUGUCCCAAGUGCUCAUCCAGUGUGGGGGCAGCGAGGAGAAGAGCGAGCGCUAUCUGCUGCUGUUCCCCAGCACCUUGCUGAUGCUGUCCGCCAGCCCCACGAUGAGCGGCUUCAUCUACCAGGGCAAGUUGCCCACCACGGGGAUGACGGUCACCAAGCUGGACGACAGCGAGAGCCACAGGAACGCCUUCGAGAUCUCAGGGAGCAUGAUCGAGCGCAUCCUGGUGUCCUGCGGCAGCCAGCAGGACCUGCAGGAGUGGGUGGGCCACCUGCAGCGGCAGACCAAGGCCACGGCGCCCGCCAACCCCGCCAACCCCGCCGGCAAGCCCCACUCUGUCCCGUCGCACACCCUGCCCUCCCACCCCGUCACCCCGUCCAGCAAGCACGCAGACAGCAAGCCGGUGCCCCUGGCACCUACCUACCACACGCUGCCCCACCCCUCCCACCACGGCACCCCCCACACCACCAUCAGCUGGGGGCCUCUGGAGCCCCCGAAGACCCCCAAACCUUGGAGCCUGAGCUGCCUGCGGCCCGCCCCACCCCUGCGGCCCUCUGCGGCCCUCUGCUACAAGGAGGACCUCAGCAAGAGCCCAAAGACCAUGAAGAAGCUGCUGCCCAAACGCAAGCCCGAGCGGAAGCCUUCUGACGAGGAGUUCGCACUGAGGAAGAGCACCGCGGCACUGGAGGAAGAUGCACAGAUCCUGAAGGUCAUCGAAGCCUAUUGCACCAGCGCCAAGACGCGGCAGACCCUCAACUCCACAUGGCAAGGCACCGACCUGAUGCACAAUCACGUGCUGGCCGACGCCGACCAGCCCAGUGUAGACUCCCCGGGCCGCCGCAGCAGCCUGUCCCGGCUGGAGCCCUCAGACCUCUCGGAAGACUCUGACUGUGACAGUAUUUGGACAGCCCAUAGUUACAGGAUGGGGUCCGCAUCUCGCUCCCGCAAAGAGGCCGCUCCCCAGGUGCUACUCCCCGAGGAGGAGAAGAUCAUCGUUGAGGAGACGCGGAGCAACGGGCAGACGGUCAUCGAGGAGAAGAGCCUGGUGGACACGGUGUACGCCCUCAGGGACGAGGUGCAGGAGCUGAGGCAGGACAACAAGAAGAUGAAGCGCUCGCUGGAGGAGGAGCAGCGGGCCCGGCGGGAGCUGGAGCAGCUGGUGAGGAAAGUGCUGAAGGGCGCUAGCGACCCCGCCUGGGACGAGACCAACCUCUGAGGGGCGAGACCAACCUCACCUCGUUAAACGCUCUCGCCCCAGCCGAGCCGAGCCGUGAACAUCCUUCCCCCAAGCGCCGGACUCCCCCCUCUCGCGCGGGCGGGGAGCCAGGUGUGGGUGACAGGUCUCGCCUCUGGGGUCCCCUCACAGUGUCGCCGUCAGAGCCCCCCCACGACCCCUCGGAUUCCGUGAGCAGAGCCACGUGUGGGGUCUCCACAGCCCGGCCCACCAGCAGGAGGCUCCGCCCGCCCGGCCCUCCGCCCUCCGCCCACCCGCCCUCUGCCCUCCGCCCACCCGCCCUCGGUGCAGCACGCACUGGGCACGGGCGAGAAAAGCAAUAAAGCGUUUGUGUCCGCGCACCUGCGCAGCGGGCUCAGCA